GUUAGAAAUCGGUGUAAAAAUCCAUCUAAAAAUGCGAAAUUCUGAACAUUUUGGAAUAAUUUCGUGUGAUUUCAGAGCAAAUUAGCAUCAUUAGCAACCACCGCAGCCAUUCCCAUUGGAAAAGUUCCGAAAAGUCCCAGCAGGAAAGUGGAAAACCGUGGAAAUUGCGCCACGGAACGAACGAUCGAAUCACGGAGGAAAAGGAUUGAAUCCCAGGAUGAAAGGAUUGUAGAAAUGAUCCCUCACUUCCGAUAUAAACCACUAAAGGAACCCACAACGAGCCCCAGAGUUUGCUAGAGUUUACGCCUCAUCUGACCCCCGCGUUUUAAGUUCGAUUCGGAUGCGGCAAAAAGUGUAGCUAAACUAACUUAAACUUAAUUUCGACCUAGUCUUCCACGUUACCGCUGGUGGGUGGUAUCGCACAGUGAACGGGUACAAUUGCUCGCCGCAAGAAAGCCAAAAUGUCUCCCUCGGAAACAUCCGCCUGCGAGGAUCUGAAGGCGUUCGAGCGGAGACUCACGGAAGUGAUUGCCUGCCUUCAGCCACCCACACUCCGGUGGAGGCUGCUGCUGGGAGUCACGUCGCUAGUAACUUUCGUCGGUGCAUUCUACUGGCUGACCGAUCCCCGCACUUCGAUCGUCCCGCUGAUUGAAUCGCUUUUAAACCAUUCAAUCUUCACGAUAUCCACUAUCGUGCUCUUGCUCCUGUUCGUGUUUGGCAUACACAAGCUCGUCAUCGCACCGCAGAUCAUCACCUCACGAACGAGGAACGUGCUGGCCGAGUUUAACAUGUCCUGUGAUGAAACCGGCAAGCUUAUAGUGCGUCCCCGUCCAACCAAUAACUCGCGCUACAUGGAACUGAGCUAAGCCAACCUGGCCCUGCUCGGUCUCGUAGCAUUGCUUGCUCGUCCUGCUUGUCUGUCUGCCGCCACUCGUUCGAUGUGGAUUAUGUAAAUAGGAGUCAACAGUGCUUUCUACACAGCAUUUUAAUUUUUGUCAUCGUACCACCUUGUAUUUAACAUUUCAUUAUGUUUUCGCGCAGUGUUCUGAGGCUUUAUUAUCUCCCAUUCCGUGUCCCAGCAGGAUGCGUCAUGGGACCUCAAUAAACGAUCCGCUCCCCAUA